AAUUAGCAAACCACGCCCACUAACUAUCUAGAGGUCAAUGGCUGAAUCUCUUUACAAUGCUCUCCUCGCUAAAAGGAGUGAACCAGCUUUUAGAGGGAAAGGAGCACCUGGAUGUGAUAUUAAAAGUGUCCUACUACCUAUACAUGGAGGUACUGAUGAUAGAGAUCAGUUAUUACUUAAAUUAUCAAUAAUAAGGCAAUUAUACGCUAGACAAGUAUUAUUAGAAGAAGAUGCAGUCUCUUUAAUGAACGAUGUUACUUAUCAACUGGUGAAGUUGCUGCAGAAUGUUGAUCGAUUAAUAGUUUAUGAAGCAGAGAAGGCCAGUGUUGCCGUACUGUCUAAUCAAAAUUGCACAGUAAAAAUUGUAAAAGAUACUUUAAUAAUGCUGACUCAACAAAUGCUUAGAAAAGAAGAACGUACAACAGAAUAUGAAAUGGUUUACAGUUUGCAGCUGCUAACUGAACUUUUAAAAGCAAUCAGAAAAGAAAACAAAACACCAUUGACUAUAGCUAAAAAAGAUUGCUGUUUCAUGGUCUUAUCAUCUUGCUGGAAUCAACUUUUUAAAAAGAUAGUCUCUCCCCUUCUUUCUUCUCCCCCUCUUCCUCGUGUUGAUGUAUGUAAAAUGGCUGCUACUGUUGAUCAAAGUCUUCUGCAGUUAUUGCUUCUCAUGAUUGAAAUCCUCAAACAUUCAAACAUUGAAACUCCCAUACUCCAUUCCUUCCAAUCACCAUUGAUACUGGGUGACAUAUCUCAAGCAGUUCAAAGCUCCUUCUCUCUCAUCUGUUACACAAAAUUAUGUGAUCUAUUUAGAAAGCACCUUCUACUAUUGGAUGAUGAAGGUGGAGUUGGGUCACCACUCCUCAUUUUGGAUUUAUUUAUGAAUCAUUAUGUUAGUUCACAUAAUGUCUUCAUUGAUGAUUGGUUCACUCGUCAGUAUGAUCAGAUCAGUGAUACCUCAUCAAUUGAGUAUUCUAUUGUUGAUACUUACAUUAGAAAAUCACUGCUAAUCUCAUUGCAGCUAGCAACACAGGAUGUAACAGAUUUGGUUCAUGAAAGAUUAUUAUUUAAACCAGUUCAGAGAUUCAUGCAAUAUUUAAGAGAAGUUUCAUUAAAGAAAGGAGAGUCUUAUAUCAAUGUAUUGUUGCAGUUGAUCAGUGAACAGGAUACCUGUCUUGUAGAGACAUUGACUUACUCUCUCAAACUAACUGAACUCCAGCAGGAGAGAGGGAGCUCAGAAUUAAUACUGAACAUUCACGAAUUAUUUAUUUCAUUUCUUGACAGUAUCACGUACGAUGAAUCAACACUGAUUGAUUUCAUCAUUGAUACUGAUACAAGAUUUGAUUCAUUUCUUAACUCCUAUCUCCAGCACAGUAACAAAAAUGGAGGGAAUGCUUUAGCUCAAUAUUGUACAGAGAGAAGUAAGAAUGAAGAAUCAACAGUACAACUAGUUGAUUACAGUGACAGUGAAGAUGAUGAACAGAUUGAAAGUACAAGAUGUGAAGUUAUGCUAACCAGAUUGAGAGAUAAGUUGAUAAAAUUAGAGAAACAGUCGGUUAUACCAGCUGGUAAACUGCCCACUGUACGAGACAUAAUUAAAAACAUCAUUUUAUGAUAAUUGUUAUUAUUA